AUGCUAACAUGGCAAUCAGGUCGCCCACGCCUCCACCUCCCCAUUAACCUUAACGACCCCAACAGCGCUACCAUAACCAUCACCGGCACUAUCGAAAAUACCGUUGCCAAGAUGGAUACUGACUAUCCCGGGUGGAACGCUACCUUCAUGGCGAGGGACCCUCACCCCUCUGAUGGCGAUAGAGAUGAUGAGGAGCCUCUUCAAAAUGGCACCUUCAACUGCCGUCCUGACCAUGAAGGCUGGGCUAACAGAGGCGCCAUCAGGGACGGGAUUCAAUACCUCCGUAAAGUUCCUGGCACGGCGAAGACGGAGCUGGGCCCGACAACUGCGGCCAAUGACGUUGAGAAGGAGCUUGAGUGGAAUGACAUUGCCGAUGCUGCCCGUGAUAUAACCUAUAAAUGCUGGUUUAACGUCAAUGUCAACGUGAUGAGACGGCAUGUCGAUUACGAUGAUAAGUGGGAAGUCAUCGUCCGCAAAGAGCAUUUCUCAGUGUUAAAGUAUUGCGAAGAGCAUCUAGAUAUUGGGGGGAACUAA